UACUCGUCAGCUGCAUUUUCAUGUUCUUGGUAAGAAGGAAGGAUCAUUCGGGAUUAGCAAAUCAUUUGCAGAAAGCAUGACACUUUCUUGUUUACUAAUUUAGUGCAAUUGUGGGGUUUGUGCAGGGAUGAAGAGAUGAGAUUAACGACCUAUUAAUAGUGUGGAAUACUGCGGCAAGAUUAAGAUAAGAACGAGAUUAUAACAAACAAAAACAAAGGGGGGAUUAACCGAGGUAGAAGUUAAGCCGGUCAAAUACUGAAUUUGGACCAAGUGUUUGGGUUUAAUGGAGUAUUUCACAUUUGAUAUAGCAGAAUGUUUGACAAAAAGAAAUCUCUGAUCGAUAUAUUCUAUGAGAUGCUGCUACUUGGUUGUGAAUGGUGAAGAAAUUAAUUGGUGAAUGGGAUUAUACUUUCUUGAUCCAAAAGAAAAAAGGAAAAGCGAAUAAAGGUAGCUGUAGUUACAAAAAAAGAAAGCCCUGAAACUUAAGAGCAAGAAUAAUUGGGCCAGGCAGUCAGAAAACCGUUGCAAAGACAACCUGCUCCAAACAUAAGUCGCAAUCGAAUGGAAACCGCAAUGGAGCGAACACAGCAGGCGCUGCAAGAAGACGACGAAGAACAACAAGAAAUAUGGAGCUGGGGCGCCGGUACUGACGGCCAGCUAGCUACUGGACGGCUUCAAGAUGAGCACAGCCCACAACUCCUUUGCUCUCUUUCCGCCUUAGGGCCCAUCAAUUUUCUCUCUUGCGGCGGGGCCCAUGUCAUUGCUCUCUCCCCCGGUGGAAGAGUGUUGACGUGGGGGAGAGGCACUUCUGGUCAAUUAGGCCAUGGCGAGAUGGUUAAUAGUUUACAACCGAAGGCAGUGAAGGCUUUGGAAAGCUUUACUAUUACUCAUGUUUCUGCUGGCUGGAAUCACUCUGGAUUUGUUUCAGGCAGUGGUGCCAUUUAUACAUGUGGAGAUGGUUCGUUUGGUCAACUCGGCCACGGUGAAUUCAAAUCACUAUGUUCUCCUGUAGAAGUCUCAUUUUUCAGUUCUAAGCACGUUGAGCAAGUUGCUUGUGGUAUGCGUCACUCACUAGUCUUACUCAGAGGUAAUAAAGACAAUCAGGUUUAUGGAUUUGGGUUUGGAAAGCGUGGUCAAUUGGGCAUAUCUACUGAAAAAGUCAAAUCAACAAGUCUACCGCAGAUUACCAUGGGGUUGACAAAUGUUAGGAUCGUGAAUAUUAGUGCAAAUGGAGAUCACAGUGCAGCAUUAUCUGCUGAUGGAAGCCUAUAUACAUGGGGAAGAGGGUUUGGUUGUGCUUCAGAUGCAUGUAUUCCUCACCAUGUUGAUGUAGCUUUGUCCUUGAAAGAGGUUGCUCUAGGAUGGAAUCAUGCACUACUGUUAACGAGUGAAGGGGAAGUAUUCAUGCUUGGUGGUCAUCGUCAUGGUGCUCUCAGCGGUCCCCAAAAAACAUCCUUGACGGCUGAUGCAUCCGGAAAAUUGAAGGAAGGCAUCGUGCGGAUAAGUGCUGAUCAUAGUGAAACGAAAGUCGUGCAGAUUGCUGCAGGAGCAGAACACUCGGCCUUAGUAACAGAUAAUGGAUCAUCAUCAGUAAUGACAUGGGGUUGGGGAGAGCAUGGUCAACUUGGCUUGGGGGACACAAACGAUCAGGCUAUUCCUCAGGUGGUUAGCUUAGCUCAUAUAUCUGCUGAGAAACAUCCUAUUUCUAGAGUGUACUGCGGCAGUGGAUUUUCCUUUGUUUUGAGGACAUACGACUCGGAUUCUCAAAUGAGAGAAGGAACUUGAAGAUUUGAUAGCAUAUUUGACUUAUAAUAUUCUUUAACGUCAAUACAGUGAAUCCGCAUAUUGUAAUUGAUAUCAUUCUUACCUACCUUGAUUACAACAAGGUAUUAUUUGCUGGACGUUCCAUCUCUCUUUCUCGCCCAUCUGGUAAUAACUUGUUCUUGAAUCUCACCAUUCUUCAGCCUUUUUAUAUCA